GACCCUGGUCCUUGAGUUCCACUGCGGGCCUGGGGACUAAAGACAGGCUUCCCCCAGGUGACAGGUGUCGGGGCGGCGUCGCCGGGCCUUGUGGGAUGUGUAUCCCGCUCGCUGCGGUCUUUCGUUUUCACCACCUCCUCAGCCCUGCUCCUGGGCGGAACCAAAGAAAGGUCAGGCCCGCCUGUGCCCCCACCCACCGCCGCUAUUCGCCCUGGGGCGGUCACUGUGAGUGGUUCACUUUUAAAGUUAACUUUAUAGCCACGUGCAUCUUCCAUGGCUGCCUUGUUGGCUCCGGGGGAGAAUAUAAAUAUCCAGGCGGGAGAAACGGUCAAAGCUGGGGACAGGGACCCGCUGAGGAAAGACUGGCCAGAGCAGGAGGACAGUCCCCUGCCGCGCUCCUGGAGAAAGAAAUGUGCCUCUUACGUGUUGGCUCUGAGACCCUGGAGCUUCAGUGCCUCACUCACCCCCGUGGCCCUGGGCAGCGCCCUGGCAUACAGAUCCCAGGGCGUCCUGGAUCCUAGACUGUUGGUAGGUUGUGCCGUGACUGUCCUGGCAGUGCAUGGAGCAGGCAAUUUAGUCAACACUUAUUAUGACUUUUCCAAGGGCAUUGACCACAAAAAGAGUGAUGACAGGACGCUGGUGGACCGAAUCUUGGAGCCCCAGGAUGUGGUUCGGUUUGGAGUCUUCCUCUACACCUUGGGCUGUGUCUGUGCUGCUUGCCUCUACUACCUUUCCACGCUGAAACUGGAACACUUGGCUCUCAUCUACUUUGGAGGCCUGUCUGGUUCCUUUCUCUACACAGGAGGAAUUGGAUUCAAGUACGUGGCUCUUGGAGAUCUCGUCAUCCUCAUCACUUUCGGCCCGUUGGCAGUGAUGUUUGCCUAUGCUGUCCAGGUGGGAUCCCUGGCCAUCUUCCCUCUGCUCUACGCCAUCCCACUGGCCCUCAGCACUGAGGCCAUUCUCCAUUCCAACAACACCAGGGACAUGGAGUCUGACAGGGAGGCUGGCAUCGUCACACUGGCCAUCCUCAUUGGGCCCACCUUCUCCUACGUGCUCUACAACACGCUGCUCUUCCUGCCCUACCUGAUCUUCAGCAUUCUGGCCACACACUGCAGCAUCAGCCUGUCGCUGCCCAUGCUCACCAUCCCCAUGGCCUUCUCCCUCGAGAGGCAGUUCCGUAGCCAGGCUUUCAACAAGCUGCCUCAGAGAACAGCCAAGCUCAACCUCUUACUGGGGCUUUUCUACGUCUUUGGUAUCAUCCUGGCACCAGCAGGCAGCUUGCCAAGACUCUGAGGGACCAACCAGCAACACCACCUAUAACACUGCCCCUUCCUUAGAAUGUGUGGAAGCAAGUCCUUGAGAAGGGAAUGGGACUUGCCAGGGUGUUACCAAGCAUGGGCUGUGAACUCCUACCUUUUUGUAUUAUGAUUAUUUGCUUUUUUCUUUUGAUUUUUUUGAGGUAGGGUCUCACUCUAGCUCAGGCUGACCUGGAAUUCACUAUGUAAUCUCAGGGUGGCCUCAAACUCACAGCAAUCCUCCUGCCUGUGCCUCCCGAGUGUGCCACCACACCUGGCAUGAUUAUUUUCUUAAGGAUAAUCUGUUUAUUAUUUGUUUUCCAUGUUAUGGGGAACCUUGAAACCACUUUAGUUCCAGAAGGGGAAAUGGACCCACUGUCCUUGUUUUAUUUAUAAUUUCCACUAGGGGGUGUUACUAGGUCACUUUAGAAUGGAAUGGACCAAGGUCCUCCUUGUUCUAGACAGAAUGCCCUAAGAAUUUGUGAAGGAGGUACCAGGUAGGCCUCAUGUCCCAAAAGAGCCACAGUACUGUCCUGUUAUCUUGGCCACAUAGGAAAUGGUAGUAAUUGCUGCCAGGCCCCAUUAACAUGGGAGCACCUGUCCCUUCCUCAGCACUGGUGUCCUGAAUAUGCAGCUUGCAAGAGCAAGUCCCACAUUAACAACUCUGUGUGUCUCCCGGCCUUUUGCCUCAAUUGUGAUCUAGACACUUUUGUCCUUCAUCUCUCCUUUCACACAUUGCCACAAAGAAAAUUGUCAGGUCACCAUGGAGCAAAACAGUGAAGCCCAGGCUGGGGAGACCUUGCCUAGAAGCAGCUGAGAGAAGCACUCUUCUCACAGCUAAAAAGUAGCACAAUGGCUGUCUUCCCUUUGUAGGAGGACAGGACAGACUCUAAAGUUAGAGAAAGAUGGUCAUUACAGCCUAGGGGCCGUCUUUCCUCUUGAUAGCCUCCCCUAAUUUCCCUUGUGCCCACCCUGCAUCCCUAUUCCUUGUUUCAGUUCCUGAUUCCCAGCCAGAGCCUCAGCGUGGGCAGGGCAGGGCAGGGCAGGGACCCAGUGAAUGUUCAAGCCAGUGGAUAGCAGUCCUGGCCCUGCUCAGGCAGAGUGACAAACACAGAGUAAAACUGGGUCUUUGUCUCUAUCACAGUACACACACAGUGUGAGGUCACACCCAGGGGACCAAUACUAGUCAUGUUGCUUCCUGUCAUAGCCUUCAAAGUAUAACUUCGGGGCUGGGGUCACUCACUUUUUUUAUUUUAUUCAAGACUGAAGCAGAUGGUCAUCGUUUGCUUUUGCAUGCACACAGCUGUCUGGUAGGUAUCUCAGGGUCUUGGCCUGCAGAAAAUAACAGCAGAAUUUGUUCUAAAUCCUUCAGAUUAGGCUAAUUAUCAUUUGGCUCAUUGAGUUAGCACAGGGCCACUUCCUUGAAAAUGACCAGGAGUUCCUUUGUUGUCAGGGUGGUUUGUCCAGCAGACAGCCGGGGUCCUUGAGUUCGGGCCAGUGAGGACCUCAGGAAAGAAGGCAGCACUCUCUCCUUCUAUUCCCAGCACCAUUUUUGUUUCACACCAGGUUUUUGACAUUUUGGUGCUCUUGGGGGUUCUGCCUUCAGAGAAGCUCCUGUGACUCCUGCUCGGGGCUGGCCAUUGUCACCUCCAGGUUGAAGGACCAAUGUCUCCUAGCAUCUAUGGACCAGACCUGGCAGGUGGCUGCCCCCAUCCCAACUGUCUGCAAGCUGCUUUGUUUUCUGGUGCAGAUUUUCACACAUAUUUUUAUAUAUAAUGAUCCCCAAGGCCAUAUUUAAUGCCAGAUUUUAUAAGCAGGUCACCAUAGUUUGUAUUAUGUCCCCUGAUUCAUUGAAGGUUUUCUGUAGACCCAUUCAUUAAAAAAAGAGAAAUGUC